AUGGCAGAUGCUGGGCCUAAUGGUAUCCAUCGGGGCCGCCGCGACGAAGCAGAGUUUACUGAGGAAGCAGCUACAUACAAGCAGGCACAUCAAGAGGCGGUAUGGAAUUACGAGAACGCAGAACUCGUCAAUGACGAAGGACAAUUCAUCAAUGAGCGUGGAGAGCAAUUCUUCACCGAAAUCGAAGUCCCGUUGGAGCCAGAGCUUCUCUUGCCAAAGAAACCUCGCAUGUAUAUCACCCUGCAUGACUUGGUUGCCAAAGACGUCAAUGAAGCACGAGCCUUCUCAGAUGAGUUCAGGGUGUAUACUUAUUCCGGAGAUGUGCGCGGAUCCAAAUCAGCAGAUGAGGACAGGAUUGUUGGAAAACUGACUCGAAACCAUGCCUUCUUCAAAGGCGCAAAUGUCGAUCAAAAGUUGUUUAUCACCUCUUUGAGCACAUUUGACGCUCGACAUGGACCUGGUGCGUUGAAGAGAUGGAGAAUGCAGACCCAAGGAAUGACCGAAGAAGAGGCCUAG